GUCGUGAUGCCUCCAUCUUCCCUCUGCUCCAGCAUGCUGACAUUCGAGCGACAGGUGGCGUGGAGCGGAAGAAGAGCAAACAGCCCAGCAGCCAGAGCUCCGUCCCCGAUCAUGCGCCAGAUCACCUUCACCCCUCCCAUCCCCCUCCCCCUUCGUCGAUGCAGAUAGACGACACCCGCGACCGCGUCUACAUCUCCGACCUCGACGCCGAACUCGCCGAUCUUGAGGACGCCGAGGCCGCCAGCGCGGCCGACGAACGCCUCAUCUUUCUCCCCGACAUCGAAAAGCACUUUAGCAAAAUCCCCCAGCAGGUCCUAGCAGGAGGCAGUGAUGCAGAGGAUGGCAGACAUCGCGAGCUGGUGCUCUACGAUCUACCCCGUUCGCUGACCGUGCAGGAUGAAGCACAAGAUUCUGUGAGGAAGGCGAUCAUCGAAUCGCGCCAACGCGCGCGCGAGAAGGCAGUGGAGGACUCAAGGCAGAGGGAUGUCGAGAGGCAUUACGACUCUACCCACUUUCACGGCGCGGGCGUGGAGACGGCUCAUGGGUACAGCGCUGGGUAUGCUGAUCAUUCCUACCCGGACGGCGACCCAGAUGCCAUGGACAUGGACAUUGGAUGAAGUCACGCUAGAGGGAAGACGUGCAGGAUGCAAGACAAUCCACUUCAGUCGUCUCCACGACCAUAUUAUCCAUGCCGGACCCAUUUGCCUGGCUCGAGAUAGACGGCUACGGCGACGAUGCGCCAGCAGUUCCUCACACAGGGCCAACGACUCCUCCCAAGAUUGGGAAGUAGUGCCU